AUGAGCGAGGUGGCCAGAAUCCAGCGACUGGGCAGAAAGGAAAUUGCACUUUUUCCACAGGUUCAACCCCGGUGCCCCGCUGGCCGGUUCCGCACACUUUCUUUGCGGGAGUCCCCCAACCUGCGGCGGGAACAGGAGCCGGCGUGGCCACCUGGCAGGGCUGCUUUUAGGGACUUGGGACUCGGGCGGAGCAAAGGGAGACUUUCAGUCCAAACACCCAGGACAGCGAAUCCCGCAGGGAAACCUCGGGAAGCUGCGCGCGACCGGGAGCUGACUCUGCGGGGACCUCCUUCCCAACCCCCGCGGCCCCCGCGCCCGAGGAGGCAGGGGCGGAGCGGAGGCGCGAGCACGGGGCGGGCUCGGGGGCGGCCGGCAACAGCGGAGCCGCCCCGCGGGGAGGGACUGGGAGCUGAACCCCUUAUCCGAGGGCGAACUGCGGACGGGGUUGGGCCCCGCGCGCUCCAGGAGAGAGCCCCCUCCGCCGAGGCCGCCGCGUGCUCGGCCUUUCCCCGCCCAGAGAGCCGGAGCCUACCAACUAACUACGCCCGCCGCGCCCUCUGCUCCGCCGCCCGCAGGCUCCCGCUUCCGUCCCGGACUGUGCCCGGGGCUGCGCAGAAUGCAAGCUCCCUGAAAUCAGUGGCCUUUUAUGGCUUAUUCAGCACUGUAUUCCUGAUACUUGAAACUGUACCUGGCUCAGAGGAAUGCUCUCAACAACCUUCAGAGGUCCAUUCUCAGUUAAGGAGCCAAAGUGAUCCUUUGGAAAUGGAAAUCCAACCAUGUUAUUCUUCCCAGACUCUGCAGUGACUCUCCCUUUGAUGCAGAGAACAAACGAGUCUAUACAGCAAAUGACCUGCAAGUACCUACAGU